AUGUCUGCCCUUACCAUUCCUUAUGAACUCCCGUCCAAGGAUGUCGGAUGGUUGAAGCGAGAUGUACUUCUCUUUGCAUUGAGCAUUGGGUGUACAGUCGGUGAACUGCAUUUUCUCUAUGAAUUUCAUCCAAAGUUUGCGGUGUUUCCGACAUACUCGAUCAUUCUGCCUUUCAAGCUCACCGAUGAAGAAGUUACCGACUACUUUGCCCGACAAUCACUUCCCUCUGUCCCAGGAAUGCCAAAAUUUGACCCAAAACGUGGCGUCGAUGGAGAGCGGAAACUCACCAUCUUCAAACCCCUGCCUACUUCUAGUGCUGGGAAAUCGUUUGAACUUCGAAGUAGAGUUAUCGGAAUAUACGAUAAGGGAAAGGCUGGGACUGUCAUUGAGACAGAACAGUCUAUCGUGGACAAGCGUACAAGUGAGGUCUACUCGCGUGCCGUGGGAAGUGCUUUUCUGAUCGGCAAGGCAACUGGGGCGGGCCUAAAGGACCAAUUUCCUCCACGUACCCCCAUCCCACGGACAGGAUGCCAGAUGCCAGCUUUGAGAUUCAGACUAACAACGAGACUGCACAUCUGUACAGGCUCAACGGGGACUACAACCCCCUCCACGCAGCUCCCGAUCUGGGCCGGAGGUGCUAUUCUCCAUGGGCUGUAUAGCUGGAAUGCCGUGGCUCAUGGGAUUCUCAAGGAAGUUGGCUUCAGCAACCCGCGAGCCCUUCGGGAGUUCUCAGCACGAUUCGCUUCUCCAGCCAAGCCGGGAGACACACUGAUCACAAAGUUAUGGACGGUAGGCACAGGCGAGGAUGGCUUCGAGGAUAUCCGAUUUGUCACGAUGAACCAGACGGGCAAGCCUGUGCUGAGCAACGGCCGCGCUCUUCUUCGGCGUCAUUCAGCCCUAUAA